UUUCUCUCCCUUUCUUGUCCGAAGAAAAUAAAAGAAUACGAGAGAGAGAGAGAGAGGGGAAUCAAAAUAUCAACAAGAUUUGAAUAGCAGAAUGUUGCCGGAAAAACGUUCAAGCAAUCCCAUGAAGAGGACGACAAGUAUGAGAGGGCUGUCCCUCGAUGUUCCCGAACUCCAACGCCCGACACAUUCCGAGGAUUCUCCUGAAUUCCCAAACCAAGAUCAACAUUUCUUAGCCCUGUCGCCAACGAGCCCAGUUUCCCAAACUUCUCCUUUUUUGCGAUCUUGUUGCCUUUGUAAUCGCCGAUUAGCUCCUGCCCGUGACAUUUUUAUGUACAGGGGGAAUACAGCGUUUUGUAGUGAAAGGUGCAGGGCAGUACAGAUGAAGCAAGACGAAAGAAAGAGAAAGUUGAACGUUGUAGGUGCUGCAAAGUCAGACAAACAAGACCUCCAUUCAUCUUCAACCUCCUCCCCCGAACCUCCUUCCACAACCGAGCCCCUAGUUGCCGCUUGA